GAUAUAAUUGCGGUGCACAGUAGAAUAUUUAUGGUUGACACCACCAGUGUUUUUUCAUUCCUUCAUCGUCGUCCUCAGAAGCAAGCCACUUCCAAAUUUCGGGACAACUAUUCGCUACGUCAUGAAUUCGAAGGCUGUCUGCUUUCUGCUCGUCACUAUGGUUGUCAUGGUAACGCUGAUUGACAACUCCGAGGGAUGGGCGCGCAGGCGCAGACACAAAGGACCCAAAGGAGCUUGCCAUUUUCCAUUUGAGUAUGAAGGAAAAAUCUACCAUUCCUGCACCACCGUCAACCAUAAGUAUGGCCGUGCCUGGUGCUCUUUAACUCCGGUCUUUGAGGGCAAAUGGAAAAACUGUGACGUGGAGGACAAAAGAGGGUGGAUGGAAACUCGCGGUCUGUUCCAGCAGCUGAGGAGCUGGCUUGAGUGGGCUACAGGGGCACAGGAGGAUUACGACGCCUUCGAGAAGUGAGGCCAACUCAUGAUAUGUCCAACUGACGGAGAAACGGCUGUUCCUGAAGCAAAACUCCGUGUUUGAAGACGUGAAUAGUAGACAACAAAAGUACACUCAUGAUGUGUCUAACUUCACGAUUGUUGGUGGUGGGAUGAAAUAAAACAGUUGGCAUGGUG